AUGGGUCAAGUCGUUACUCUGUUGAGGCAGCAGCAGCAAAAGAAGCGACGAGACAAGAAAAAAGAGCAGAAGAAAAAACUGGCAGCAGAAGAAGAGGAUGAGGAGGAGAGCCAGCUGAUUGAGAGGUUGAAGAAGCUGUCUGCCCAAGCCAGUGAUGAGGAUGAAGAAGUGCCCAUUCCUGUCACCAAAGCAGGCAACAAAAAGAAAGGAGGAAAUGUGUUUGCUGCCUUGAACCAGGAACAGAGUGAAGAGGAGGAGGAGGAGGAAGAAGAAGAAGAGGAAGAAAAAAUAUCAAAGCCCAUCAAACUUGACAGGAAUAAGAGCAACAAGGCAGCCUCUGAUGAUGAAGAAACAAAGAAACCAGGGAAAAAAGGCUCUAAAACCAAACAAAAGGUCAAAGAAGAAGAAGAAGAAGAAGAAGAAGAAGAAGAAGAAGAAGAAGAAGAAGAAGAAGAAGAAGAAGAAGAAGAAGAAGAAGAAGAAGAAGAAGAAGAAGAAGAAGAAGAAGAAGAAGAAGAAGAAGAAGAAGAAGAAGAAGAAGAAGAAGAGGAGGAGGAAGAGGAAGAUGAGAAGAAGGAAGAUGAUCCCUAUGCACAUCUCAGCAAGAAGGAGAAGAAGAAACUCAAGAAACAGCUGGAGUUUGAGCGGCAGGUGGCAAGCUUGAAAGCAGCCAACGCGGCUGAGAACGACUUCUCAGUGUCCCAGGCGGAAAUGACCUCGAGACAAGCCAUGCUGGAAAACGCCUCAGACAUCAAGCUGGAGAAGUUCAGCAUCUCGGCUCACGGAAAAGAAUUGUUUGUCAAUGCAGACUUAUAUAUUGUAGCUGGGCGCCGAUACGGCUUGGUGGGCCCAAAUGGGAAGGGCAAAACCACUUUGCUGAAACAUAUUGCUAACCGGGCCUUGAGCAUCCCUCCCAACAUUGAUGUACUGCUCUGUGAACAAGAGGUUAUUGCGGAUGAGACUCCGGCAGUCCAAGCGGUGCUCAAGGCUGACACCAAGCGACUGAAGCUGUUGGAGGAGGAGAAGCAUCUGCAGGCACAGCUGGAGAAAGGGGAUGAUGCAGCAGCAGAACGCCUGGAAAAGGUCUAUGAGGAACUGCGGGCGACAGGAGCAGCGGCAGCAGAGGCCAAAGCUCGGCGAAUCCUGGCUGGGUUGGGCUUCAACCCUGAGAUGCAGAAUAGGCAAACCAAGAAAUUCUCAGGAGGCUGGCGCAUGAGGGUCUCCUUGGCCAGAGCCUUGUUCAUGGAGCCCACAUUGCUGAUGCUUGAUGAACCUACCAAUCACUUGGAUCUCAAUGCGGUCAUCUGGCUUAAUAACUACCUCCAGACAUGGAAGAAAACCCUUCUCAUUGUUUCCCAUGACCAGGGAUUCUUGGAUGAUGUGUGUACAGAUAUCAUCCACUUGGACAUGCAGAAACUUUUCUAUUACCGGGGAAACUAUAGUGAGUAG